GUGCCCUGCUGGUGGGCAUGCAUGCAUGAGGCUGUGCCGGCGCAAUGGCCGCGGUGGACUGUGUCCUGAAGGUGGGAGGCAGCGCACUGACGCACAAAAGCCAGCUGGAGACCCUGAGAGCAGAGUCUUUGCGCGGGGCGGCUGCUCUUGUGCACAAGCUCCGCGGGGCUGGACUGAGGAGGUGCAUAAUCGUGCACGGCGCAGGCUCCUUUGGCCAUUUCCAAGCAAAGGAACACGGCAUUGCCUCGGGGACAUCAGCAAGAUCAGCUGACGAUGACAAUUUGAGAUGUGGGCUGUGUCUGACCAGGCUUUCUGUCACCAAGCUUAACCAUCUGGUGACGGAAGAACUGGUAAGCCAUGGAAUUCCAGCUGUGGGCAUUUCGCCUUUUGGAACCUGGAAAACAUCAGGCAAGAAUGUCAUCCAGGCUGGUAUCGAUACAGUGAAGGAUGUUUUAGACUCGGGCUAUAUCCCAGUUUUACAUGGUGAUUGUGCUCUGGACUCGGAGCAGCACUGCUGCAUCUUAUCUGGAGAUAAAAUCAUUGAGGUUCUCGCUAAGAAAUUCUCUCCUAGGCGAGUUGUGUUUCUCACAGAUGUCCGUGGAAUUUACAGCUGUCCACCUGAUACCCCAGGCGCUAGGCUUGUGGAUUCCAUUGUCGUCGGCCCUGAUGGAAAUACGGAGCCACCUGUGCUCUGUUCUGUGCUGCCGCAUGAUACUACUGGAGGUGUGUCCUUGAAGCUGCAAACUGCUGUAAAUAUCGUUUCCCAGAGUCACGGAACCAUUCCAGUUCUGAUCUGCAAACUGGGCAGUGAAGCGGCUGAAAGGGCUUGUUUGACUGGGGAGCUGAAGGAAGGCGAAGGCACGACAUUUUCCUUCGCAGAAUCAUGAGGACAUCUCUGCAUGAGCCUUAAAUGAGGUGGAAGAAGAAUUUAACUGAGGUGCUACUAUUGGACUUCAGGAUCUAUUUGUUGAACUUGUCAUAGUCGAUGUCAGAUUAAAUUAAAUCUGUGAUCCGCCGAUAACGUAUUAGCAUUAUAUGAUGGCACCAUCUUCUACUGUGGCGAAAUAUUGUUUUCCGUGUCAGUGACCUCAGUGUUCAAAAUGGUUUACAACUAUGUGACUGCACAAGCCUCGGUGUGCUUAGAUUGCACUCGUUUUGUUAGCUUUAGCUAUUUCUGACAUUCCUUUCACACUUCAGUACCUAUAUACUGUCGUGUUGCACUCACUCUUGUUCACAGCAGAAGGUACUACAGUGUAAAAGGAAUGUUAGAAAUUGGGGUUGCUGCCUACCCUCGACAGCUGUUGAGGGAAGGGGGCAAUCCUGGUGUGUGUGAUGCUACACAAAUGGUUUUCCGAAAGGAUCCAGUGCACACAGCCCUACACAAAACUCCCACAAUUUUCCGGAUUUCCGGGAAAGCAAACGGAUUUUUAAAAAUAGCAAAUAUCACAGAAAUGAGUGCUGAACUUGCUCUAUAUUUUGCUGGAUUUCUGGAAGUGGCUUUUACAUCAUGUGAAAUAUCAGAUAUAAUGUGGAAAGUAACAGUUCGGGAAACAUCAGGAAAACAGAAUGAACUGGCCUGUGAAUGCAGCCUUAGAGAUGGAGAUCCCUUGUUGAUUUGUUAACCCAUCUCCAAAUAAAGUCUGCUUUCUAUUCUCCAUUCCAGAUUGAUGCCAGGGAGUUCAUCAAAAUAAGAAGCCAAUUUAUAAAUAUAACUUACUAUAAUAAAGAUAAAAAUUGGCAGCAUAAUAACAGUUCCAAAUAGCCAAAAUAGGAAUAAUAAGCAUAUUAACAUUGAAAACAGAUUAAGAUAAUGAUGGUGUUUAGUCACAACAAUAAUAAUUAGUAGUCACAUUUAUAUUCCACCCUUCCUUCAAGGAUACAAGAUAGCAUUCACGGCAAUUAUCCUCUUUUCACCUCAUGAGAAUCAUAUGAAGUAGUUUAGGCUGAGAAGGAAAGGAAGAAUGUCUUUGUCUUGGCCAGGAUGACCCAGUGAGGUUCCUGGCCAAGCAAGGAUUCAAGCACAAGUUUCUCUGGUCCGUGUCCAACACUCUUGUUUCCACUACACCAUACUGCCUCUCCAUUUAGUACUGGAAGGACCAUAGCUCGGUUGUUGCCCUGUUUCACACUGCGUGAAGAGCCUGAACUCAGAUUACGGUUUCUACCAAAAACAUUAAUCCAGGGGUUCCCAAACUAAGGCCCGGGGGCCGGAUGCGGCCUAAUCUUCUAAAUCCGACCUGUGGACAGUCCGGGAAUCAGCAUGUUUUUACAUAAGUAGAAUAUGUCCUUUUAUUUAAAACGCAUCUCUGGGUUAUUUGUGGGGCAUAUGAAUUCAUUCAUAUAUUUUUUCAAAAUAUAGUCCGGCCCCCCACAAGGUCUGAGGGACAGUGGACCAGCCCCCUGCUGAAAAAGUUUGCUGACCCCUGCUCUAAUCAGUACAGUACAUAAGCAAAGCAAGAGUCAAAGGCGCAACAGGGGCAGGGCAUGGCUACACAAGCUGAGACAUUUAUCCAACAGUUGAUACGUCCCUGGAACCCUGUUAUAAUGGAAUGGAGCAGGUAUGGCUUUAGUGCAGCCAGCGGGGUGUAUAUUUGGUCUGAGGAAGCAAACAGGAACUCCUUGUUUCUCUGUGUUGUCUGUUCAUGCCAGCAGUAGUGUCUCCCAUGUCCUAGAUGGCAGAGGAGGAGAGAGUGCCAGCUUGAAGUUGGCCUUGGCACCUCCUUUCGAGGGGGAUGCUUACUUGUGGGAGCUGAAUGGAACAAGAUUCCGGGUACACAGGAGGCAGUGUUGUGGCUAGGGAUUGGACUGGUAUGGGUUGAUGGAAUAACAGCCCACUAGGUUCCACCCUGGGCUCAGAGUCCUCACCUGCUGCAUUCUCCCUGGUUCCUGAGAUCAAGCAGCAGUUUUUCAUCUAUGUUUGAAUAAAAAUGAUUCAAGACAGCAGACUGCAUCUGUCAAAAUUAUACUGAUUUUUACACACACGCACACCCAAAAAAUUCAUGAUGGUGCCUGAGAUCAAGCUGAAGAUUUUCAUGUAUGUUUAGAUAAACCUGGGCAGUCUUUGGAAUCAAGAUGGUGGAUUGUAACUUUUAGGACUACAUUGAUUAACCACCGAUUUCAAAAUUGCACUGAUCCAUUUGUUUCUUAGAAUUCCUGAGCAAUGCGGUCAAGGCUGCUAAUACAAUAUAUGUAUAUAGGGUUCUGCUUUGAUAAAAAAAUUA